CACUGCAACAAAUACAAAUAGUUCAAAAAUCACCGCUAGGGGCUGUCUUUUUUUGUACCUUCUUUAAUAAUUAAUUAAUUUCUGAAUAUUGAGAAAAUAAUGGGAGACCUACAGAAGAAAAUAGAAAACGAAGUGGUAUUAUUGAAAGGCACCCAGAAAGAAUACCAAAAGGCCAUCUCCACAAGACAGCAGCUAGACGCACAAUUAAACGAAAAUCAGGUCGUGAAAGACGAACUGAACCUCAUCUCGAUCGAGCGAAGGAUCUACAAGGCGAUCGGACCCGCUCUCAUCAAAAUGGAAAUAGUCGAAGCGAAACAGAACGUCGCGAAACGCAUCGACUACAUCAGCAAGGAAAUCAAACGAUUCGACGAUAUCAUAAUGAACCUCGAGAAGAAGCAGGACGGCCACCGUGAAACUCUGCACAAGCUGCAACAGGAUAAGAUGAAAUCUGCGAUGAAACCUUAAACCGUUUUGAUAAAUAAAGCGAGAACAUUCGU